GUACUCACCUGCUGGUGGUAGGUAAUGAAGGCAAUUUGAUGAUGCACUUAUAUAAUCUGCCCAUGGCCGCAUUGGUAGCUCCGAAACGUCGCUAGUGGCCAUUCUGCAGUUGAAGCUUGUCCUGUGAAAAGUGCAAAGUGCAUAUCGCUUGCACAUCACGUGGCAGCACGACCCACCUUGUGCGGCCAAUCGGCCGUCCGUAUCCAAGACAACCAAACACACAUUCGACGAUGGACACUCGCGGGCUUUGAGCGCCGCUCACUCGCCCCUGGUUCACGCGGUGGUGAGGAGCGUGUCGCUGGCAAAGACAACCAGAUGACGUCAUUCAACUCUCGGCAUUCUCCGAUCGGCGGUUCUAUGCCACUGACGCUGCUGGUCGCCAUGACAACCACCCUGCUGAUACCAGCGGACGUCACGGAGGCGGUGAAAUUCAGUCUGCUGGCUCGGGACCAGCACUUCGUCAAGACGCCUCUGGCCACCCACCCUGGCGGAUCGUCACUGCUCUGCGCCAUACGUUGUCUCCAAUUGGAGGGGUGUAGUCUCUAUGAGACCUCCCCUGAAGGAUGCCUCCUGUGGGGCACCAAACCUGCCGACGAUGAGCUCGUCCUCAGCGCCGGCCGACAGAUCCUGGCCAAGAACAUCCCGCCGACAUGUUCUGGAACGUUCCAGCUGGUUGGAGCCGUCUGCUACCACGUCGAGCGGUUCACAAGCUCAACGUCCGUCGGAUGGUCGCAGGAUACUUCUUUCUGCCAUGGCCUUGACCCGUCCGCCACUUAUGCGACCUUCAUCAACCAGGUGGAGUACGAGUUUCUUCAGGACUUGAACGCAGCCUUCAUGCUCAAUUUGCGACGCAACUCCUCGGGCGUUUUCACGAUGGUGGGCCGGAACGACCCCUCCUUCUGGACGACUAAGUGGCUCGCAGGAGAACCCUCCUCUGGCGAUAGAGUCUACGGAUAUAUGUCCUCGGAUGGACUUCUUCGCACCUUGGGAGAGACAACCACGCUCGGAAGAAAUAUGAUUGUGUGUCAAACGCUCCCUAACUAAGACAGUUCUGAUCAGGGCUGCGGAGUCGAUUGGAUUUCUAGGUAGCUCCGACUCCGUCUCCGGCUUCAAAAAUCGACUCCGACUCCGACUCCGACUCCGACUCCAACUCCAGCUCCAACUCUGGACAUUGGUCAUGGAGUCCAUAUACUGAAAUCAAAUUUCAUGUUGGAUAUCUUUUAUUAUGCCUGAAGUGACCAAUUACGCAUUUUAAGGCCUCGCAUUGCAAUGAUUUUUUUUUUUAAAUAGUGUUAAAAAGCAGGUUUAGAUACAGCAGCCGUCAUAAGCUUUUUUAAUGAAAACGCUCAUUCAAAACAGGGGUAUGUCCUUAACUUCAACAAAAUCUGAUUUUGAAAGGUCAACGAGCGAAACAUUGUCAAGCAACCAGGUGUAGGGCAUGAGUUUGAGUCAUGCAGUGUUAUCUACGACUCCGGGCAAAACUGCCGACUCCGACCGACUCCGACUCCGACUCGGAUUCCGACUCCGCAGCCCUAGUUCUGAUGAUGUGUUUUGUUCCAAGAGCACUCAAUGACAUUGCCCCGAUAUGAGAUGAGUAGCCGUCGUUCUACAUAGACUUGACUCCAGCUGAAGAGUUAGGGUUUCAAACUCAACUCGACUAACUCAUUGUUAUUUUCGCAUGGCUGACCAAACGUUAUUGCUAAGCUGAUUGUCUAGACUCUAGGGAGGGUGGGUGAUGGCUACAUCGCUCUAUCACAUCGGGAGCCCAACACUUUUCCAACUAAGCUACGGAGUUACGGACGAUCUCCUCAGCUAGCUUUAAUGUAACUACCGGGUGUUUUAGUUGAGCUCUGAUGACAUCGCGCCUCUCGCAGGCGCGCGUUUUGUGUGUGUUUAUUGCCCGGCUCCUCUUUUAUGCCGUGCCACAGGUUUAGGUGGUUUGUUGGAAAAACGGUGGUAGCUUAGAGCAGAAUGUAGCUAAAGACAUCUGGUUUUCACCAUUGGAAAAAAGAACGUUGGUGCCUGUGAUGACACUAAAAAGUGCAUGCACGUGCAAAAUCCUAUCAUUGCUAAAGGCACUUCCAUCAUUUGAUAGUCAGCCCUAGUAUAUGUUUCUACAUCCUGCAGCCCUGUUCAAAGCAUUCUCGUCCCUUUGCCAUACUGAAGCUUGACUGUUUCCACAUUUUUUUCUAAAUUCCACACAUACAUAUGCAUGCGUAUUGUGUAGAUACUAAUACAGGUUGAAAAUAAAUUAUGUCCUAUUC